ACGAGCUGCUUUCUGUCUCACUGUGCCGGAAUGUUUUUUUUAAAGCGUGGAGUUCAUCAAAUUCACAAAAUGUACAGAGGACUGCUAUUUAUAAUUGUGAUAUGCAGUGUGAACGGGUUCAACAUUCAAAAAACUCCCGUGAAGUAUUUCACAAAUGACGAUCCACUCUUUGGUCAAACUGUUAUUCAAUCAACAGAUGGAGUUUUUGUUCCUUCACCAAAACAUGGAAAACUUUUUAGAUGCACAGAGCAUGAAUGCGUCGAAGUAAAUUAUGAUGAUAAAAAGCCUAAAGGCCUGAGACCAGUAGCAUCAGUAUCUAGUCUGACAUCAGAAGAGGAACAACAUGUUAUGAUGUGUAAUCAAAUUCGCGUAAAGGAGUCAGUAACUGAGGAUUUGAACGGAGAUUGCAAACUGAUGAACCCCACUGGAAAAGUCAUUAAAAAACUGAAUCCUGUUGCAUUAGUCAACAACAACAACAACAACAAUUAUUAUCAAGGUCAAUGGAUUGGUCAAGAUCAACGGAGGAUGAGAAGAGAUGCCCAGUCAGACAGUGACACAAAAGACUAUGAUGAUUCUGGGACAGAGAUUGCUUUUGUGCUGGACGGCUCUGGUAGCAUUCAACCUGAUGACUUUCAGAGAGCCAAAGACUUCAUCUACAAUGUCAUGUUCAAUGUUUGGAGAGCAUGUUUCAAUUGUGACUUUGCGAUAGUGCAGUAUGGUGCAGAGAUCAGGACAGAGCUCUCACUGCUAGACAGUAAGGAUCAUGCCAGAGCUUUGCUAAAGGUCAAAGAUAUACAGCAAAUUUUCAAGAUCACAAAGACCGCCUCAGCCAUCCAUCAUGUCCUCACAGAUAUUUUCAUCCCUGAGAAUGGAUCAAAAAAGAACUCCAAAAAAACAAUAAUUGUAUUGUCUGACGGGAAAAUGUUGGGAGAUCCAAUGAAUCUUACAGAUGUUUUGAACAUGCCACAAAUGAAAGGUGUCACUCGCUAUUCCAUAGGAGUUGGUGAAGGCAUUCUGAAUGAUACUGAAGCAAUACAAGAGAUGAAGGAAAUAGCAGAUCCUGAGAAGUUUUACAAGGUUUCCAAUUAUGCCGCAUUAGAUGACAUUCAGUCCUCACUGCAACAAAGUUUAAUUGGAGAUGAAGAUUCUGGGACAGAGAUUGCUUUUGUGCUGGACGGCUCUGGUAGCAUUCAGCGUGAUGACUUUCAGAGAGCCAAAGACUUCAUCUACAAUGUCAUGUUCAAUGUUUGGAACACAUGUUUCGAUUGUAACUUUGCGAUUGUGCAAUAUGGUCAAGAGAUCAGGACAGAGCUCUCACUGCUAGACAAUGAGAACAGUGCCAGAGCUUUGCUAAAGGUCAAAGAUAUACAGCAACUUCUCAAGAUCACAAAGACCGCCUCAGCCAUCCAUCAUGUCCUCACAGAUAUUUUCAUCCCUGAGAAUGGAUCAAAAAGUAACUCCAGAAAAAUAAUAAUUGUAUUGUCUGAUGGGAAAAUUUUGGGAGAUCCAAUGAAUCUUACAGAUGUUUUGAACAUGCCACAAAUGAAAGGUGUCACUCGCUAUUCAAUAGGAGUUGGUGGCGGCAUUCUGAAUGAUACUGAAGCAAUACAAGAGAUGACACAAAUAGCAGAUCCUGAGAAGUUUUACAAGGUUUCCAAUUAUGCCGCAUUAAAUGACAUUCUGUCAUCACUGCAACAAAAUUUAACAGGAAUUGAAGAUAAUCAGCAAGGUGCAGGAUUUCAGUUCCAGCUCGCUGAAGCUGGCUUCAGCUCCCAUCUCAUGCAGGACAAUUCUGUACUUUUUGGAGCAGUUGGAGCCUUUGGCUGGAGUGGUGGAGUCAUUUUGCAAUCUGAUAAAACCGUGAAAUUCUUGAAUGACUCUAACAAUGGACCCAAAUUUUCCUAUUUAGGUUACAGUGUCACUUCUGCUAAAGUAAAACCAAGUAAAACACUCUACAUCUCUGGUGCACCACGGUAUAACUUGACUGGUGGAGUAUUUAUUUUCAAUGGCUCUGAAAAGUAUGUGCUCCAGGGAGAUCAGGUUGGAUCUUACUUUGGAUCAGUUCUUUGUACCUUGGACAUUGAUAGAAAUCAAUACACAGAUUAUCUAUUAGUUGGCGCUCCACAUUUCCAUCAAAAUGGGGAAGAAGGCAAAGUGCUAGUGUACAGGUUGAAUCAGGAGGACAGGUUUGAGAGUGUGGCCAUGGAGCUGCAGGGUGAUGCAGGACAGACCUUUGCGAGGUUUGGCGCAGCCAUUGCAUCGAUAGGAGAUAUUGAUGGGAACAAGUUCACUGAUGUAGCAGUGGGUGCUCCGCUGGAAAUAGAUUCCUCUGGAAGCAUUUACAUUUACAAUGGAUUCAUAGAUGGACUUCAGUUUUCACAAAAAAUUUCACCCUCAGAUUUUGGAAUGAAACUUGUCCACUUUGGUCAGUCAGUAAGUGGUGCACCUGCUACGGCAUCAAAUAAGGCCUCCAUCGCUGUUGGAAGUCAAGGGGGAGUGCUUAUUUUUGAGACUAUCCCUGUUAUUGUUAUCAAACCAGCUAUAACAAUUAAUCCGAACAUCAUUCCUCUUGAUCAACAGUUGAAUGAAAUAUCCAGCAUAAAGUACCACAUAUGCUUUAAUGUGAUUAAUGAAAACCUUCAAAUUGAACUUCCUAUUAAGUACCAAAUUGUCUUGGAUUCUGAUGUAAACAAAAAGCGCCUCACUGUUGACGGCAGAGAUCUUUUAGAAAACACUUUCACCUUGACACCAGAUGUACAGUGUACACCUUUUAUCAACCUGAAAUAUUUGGGCUGUUUUGACUGUUUUUCACCUAUUAAAAUCAAGCUGAAUUUUUCAUUGGAUCAAAAAAAAGAAGCCCCUAUACGAAUUCUUGAUGCAUUUACUCUAACAGAGGUUGUACAGGAGAUUUCCUUUGAAAAAGAAUGCAAGGCUACAGAUUGUAAAUCAAGUAUUACAUUAUCUGAUUCAAAAAUUAGUGAAACUUUGAUCAUAAUCGGAGAAACUCAAAGCUUGAAUAUCAAUAUCAAUCUUACAAACACUGAAGACCCUUCCUAUAUGACCACCCUGACUUUGACCUUCCCCAGCAUACUCAGUCAGAGGAAAAUAGAAGGUGCCACCUGUCCUGUGAAGAAUGACAAUCAAAUACAGUGUAAUCUUCAACACCCUAUUUUCAAAAGAGACGCACAGACCAACCUUUUCAUCUCAUGGCAGCUCAAUGACACCAAAUCUGAGCUGAAGAAUUCUGAGAUUAUUGCUAAUCUAACCAGUCAGAAUCUUGGCUCUGAAUUUCUGGACUCUAAAAUAUAUGCAUUUGAUGUGAUGUAUUCCCUACCAAUCCAGCUAACAGGCACCGCCAGCCCAAACAGACUCCGUAUUGAAGAGGGUGAAAAAGUAGAGAAUCGAAAGAUGCAGUUUUUAUUUCAGUUUGCAGGUGAAAAUAAGUAUGGUGCUACAAUCAAUGUAGUUGUAAACAUAACAAAGGACACUUUCAAAACUGAUUUGGACAUCAUUAAUGUCAAACCACACGAGGAGUGUGUUUUUCCAAAAAAUACCAAAGUGGAGGGAUUCUAUAUCAUCACAUGUACCAUGACAAAGCUGCAGAAAAUCAUCAUUGAUGCCAAUGUUUUGAUACAUGAUGUUCAGGAAAAAUCAGACAAGAUCACUGCCGUAGGAACAUACAGCUUUGAUGAGAACAUCUAUGCUGCGAAGGAUACUUCGAGAACCAUUCCGGUGGAGAUGAUAAUUACAAAGCUGCGUGUGACGACAUCUAAAGGUCCCAUCAUUGGAGGAUCCAUAGGAGGAUUUCUGCUCCUUUUCAUCAUCAUCAUCAUUCUCAUUAAGUGUGGCUUUUUCCGUCGCCGCCAUAAAGUGGACCAAGCACAGAGUCCAAACUGAAGACCGGCAAAGCCCAGGAGGGACCAUAUAUUACCAUAUAUCUUGCUUAAGUUUGCAUCAAAAAAUGUAGUAUUAAGAAGAAGCUUUUUAAUGAUUGAUUGUAUUUAAUAUUGUAUGUACAGAAAGAAUGAAAGACAAAAUCUCUGUUUCUAAAUACUAAA